AUGUCUACAGUAGCCUGAAGUGAAGAAAAUGUGAUGAGGAUGAACGUCUCAGUGAUGAAGAUUUGGAGUCAAAAUGCUAACAUUGGUCAAGACUUAAACCCCCAUAAUCACCUGCCAGAACUACCAGAAGCAGGAUGCUCUGCCGUAUCCAGCAGGAUGCCGUUCCGCAGUGAGGAGGAGCAGGACUCUCCCUUUAACCUGCUGAGUUUUUCUGAGUUCAGUUUAGGCCUGGAGUCGCUCAGCCAGACCUACUGGGAGCGGCCCUGGACAUGCACUGAGCCCGAACUUCCAGCCAGGCCCUCCUCCCCUGAAAACAUGUUGGGGUUGUUGCCGACCCCUCUAGAAGGUGCUCUGGACAGAGUGCAGGGAUAUCAGAGCCACCACUCGCUGACUGGAGGGGACCUGUUGGAACAGUUUCCCAGUCUGACUGGUAUUACUGCAGCAAUGGAAUCUCUCUCUCUGCUAAACUCUGGUUCCAGCAGUCCUGUCGACUCUGAGACCAGCGGCGUAUCAUCCGGAUCUGACCACCUGUCCAGUCUCAGGAUAUCUCCUCCUAUGAACUUGAAUGUCCUCUUCGGCACUCAGCGAGACGGUGUAAAACCUGGCAUGGGACACAGAGAGGACCCCAUCUCUCCUCUUGCCCCUACUCUCCCAACUGUACCUGAAACGUCACUGGCAAAGUGCUGGACAAAAACAACCACCUGGCCCAGCUGGACCACUCUGGAGACACCAGAGCACUCUUUUAGUAUUGAGAGGAAGGCUCGGCUACACAGGCAGGCAGCAGCAACCAAUGAAGCUGCUUGUACCUGGGCUGGACAGCUGCCAACACGAAAUUACAAAAACCCAAUCUACUCCUGUAAAGUGUUUCUAGGAGGAGUGCCAUGGGAUGUUACAGAGGCUAGUCUUUUAAACACAUUUAGUAUGUUUGGACCUUUACAUGUGGAGUGGCCUGGUAAGGAUGGCAAACACCAUCGAUGCCCACCUCAAGGUUAUGUGUACCUAGUGUUUGAGGUGGAGAAGUCAGUAAAAGCUCUGCUACAGGCCUGCAGCCCACGUCAUGUGCCUCCUGGAGAUUAUCUGGAGUACUUCUUCAAGAUGUCCAGCAAGAGGAUUCGCUGUAAGGAUGUACAGGUGAUCCCGUGGGUGAUCUCGGACAGUAAUUUCGUAGGCUCUCCCUCGCUGCGCCUUUUUCCUUGUAGAACAGUGUUUGUGGGAGCUCUGCACGGCAUGCUCAACGCUGAAGCUUUGGCCCUCAUCAUGGAGGAAUUGUUCGGAGAAGUCACAUAUGCUGGGAUCGACACAGACAAGCACAAAUAUCCAAUAGGAUCAGGACGGGUGACCUUCAAGAGCCAAAGGAGUUAUCUAAGAGCACUGCAUGCUGCAUUUGUUGAGAUCAAGACCGCCAAAUUCACCAAAAAGGUUCAAAUUGAUCCUUACCUUGACGACUCCGUGUGCCAAAUCUGUAAUUGUCAGCCAGGCCCGUUCUUCUGCAGAGAUCAGGCUUGUUUUAAGUACUACUGCCGUUCCUGUUGGCAUUGGCAGCACUCAACAGACACGCUGAGCAGUCACCGGCCUCUCAUGCGCAACCAGAAGAGCCUGAACCUGAGCUAAAUAUUCUGCACUAACCGUAUUGCUGCUGCUGAUGGCUCAUCUAGUCCAGAGAUGUUUACCGUGCCAUCUUCUUCUUCAGGCCACAGAGCUGGGAGAAUCACUAUAGAAAGUUCAUGCGUUGCACUGCUUUCUCUUUUUGCUGUUUACUUGUUUACUAAAGCAUUAUGCAGAGUGACAAGCUGCGUGAUGGUGAAUAAUUUGCACAGUUUCUUGGAAAACAAUUACCAUGGAAAUAACCACAGAUUUCUGCAGGUGGCAUAUAGAAAAAUAUUUUCCUGAUUUUAAAAGCAUCUGCUGUUUUGUUUGCAUUUUUAAAAAAUAUCUUACAUCUGUAUUUUUAUGCGUGUUGUUAUUAAUAGGUCAACUGGCCCUUUUAUUCAGUUUGAAUUAAGCCCUUAAGCAUUGGGCAUUUUUACAGUAUUUACUCAUUUUCCUGUGUGUUUAGGGAGUUUGCCCUGUGGCUCAACUCUAACUUGAAUGAUUGAUGCAUGACCUAACUAUGCAGCAGCAUUAAUUCCACACUUAAAGUGAAUAAUGCUUAAUAGUGAUAUCAGAUACAUAUAUAACACUAAAUAUAACAGUUACAACAUUUAAACGUUAAACGUACUUUUAACACUGUCUGUUGACUGCAUCAUUUUAAUCAAACUGUUGCACUUUUUUUAUUUGCACUUUGGUGAAAUGGGGGAAUAUGGUUUUUUAAAGACGUAGUAUGAGGAAGGCAAUACAGUUUAAGCACGACCCUUUAAUUUCCUCUUUCGUACUGUUAUUUUUUAUUAACUCAAACUAACUCGGUUAGAACACCUAUCUUUUCUAACUCAUAACAGAUAAAAUUCAGCGCAACAUUGCUUUCAUUUUAAAACUACGUGCCAAAGACCUAGUGUUAUGUCUAUGUAUGUUUUUGUCUGCCUCUCUUUCUCCUUGGUCUCCUCCCGUUCUCUUUUUUUUUUUACUUGGGUUUGUUGUGCUGAGCUUGUUGCUUGGCCCAGCUGCUUUUUAGGGUUUAAGAAUUUCUACCUCACAUGUCUGAAAGUGUUGCUAUGGUUAGAAAAUGGAAGUUCUUCCAGUUGGGCACAAUAAAGUUGUUGAAGC